CGACGGGGACCAUAGCCCCUUGGCCAUAACGUGGCUUCGCCACUGCGUGCAAGAGGAGGUGGCGGCAGUACAAGAGAGAAGCAGCGAAUGACGCGGCAGCGAUCAGUGACAGAUGGAGGUGGGGUUGCAUGGGGCCGCUGACCCCAUCAUCAGCGCCUGCGAAUAUCAUAAAUCUCUACUAAUUUCGGACUUCCUACCCGCCACCUACCUUGUGUAUGUCACUUUUCAUCUCAAAAUUAUAUCGGACUUGAACCAAUUGUGCUGAAGUGGCAAAAGAACCAACCCAAUAAUUGAGCUAAAGUUGUGCAUGAACCCGACUUCUCCAUUGCAAAACCGAGCCACUAAAGAUUUGCACAGAUAUUUUCGCCGCCGUUGAGCUCCCCGCGAUGAAGCAGAUGACGUGGCCGUGCAAUUCCGACGGCCACCACCACUUCGCAUCGCUUCCCUUUUUCAGGAAGCCCCAGGAAUCCCCAAUUCUGGCCAAACCCUCCAAAUCGCACCUCUCCUUCUUCAAUUCGGCCCCGAAAUCGGCGCCAAAUCCGCCGCAGGGGUCGGAUUUCUCGGCGCUCCCGUACGAUGUGCUGGCGAGGAUCGCGGCGUCGUUCGCGCUGCCGAGCCUGAAGACGGCGUCGCUGGUGUGCAGGGCGUGGAGGGACGCGCUGAAGCCGUUGCGCGAGGCGAUGGUUUUCCUCAAGUGGGGGAAGCGGUUCAAGCACGGGAGGGGAGGGGUGAAGGCCAAUUCGAGGAAGGCGCUCGAUUCCUUCCUCAAAGGGGCCGCGCGUGGGUCCACGCUCGCCAUGGUGGAUGCCGGAUUGAUCUAUUGGGAGAUGGGGAAGAAGGAGGAAGGGAUUGCUUGGUAUCGCUUGGCGGCGGAGCUCGGUGAUCCUACUGGGCAGUGUAAUUUGGCCAUUUUUUAUUUUCAAGCUUAUCCUUCAAAGACCAUGGAGGCAAUUGGAUGGUUAUACCAGGCUUCCUCUGCUGGCCAUGUCCGUGCCCAAUACCAACUUGCACUUUGUUUGCACCAAGGUCGAGGGGUGAAACGGAGCCUUUCAGAAGCGGCUCGUUGGUACCUAAGAGCAGCGGAAGGGGGAUACGUGCGUGCAAUGUACAAUACAUCUCUUUGCUACUUGAUGGGUGAAGGUGGGGAGAGAGCUGCUGGUCAUGUAAAGAAUGUGAUUCUCCAGCAACUUUCUGCAUCCUCUCGUGAUAGGGCGAUGCUCCUUGCAGAUACCUGGCGUGAUCUACCUGCCCAUUCCUCUUGAUGUCCUUGCUCGUUACAGUGCAGCAACAUAGCCUAUGGUUUCCUCAUCUCGGGUCGGUAUAUAUCUUGCCCUUAGUAUAACUGCAGAUCUAUGUAUGAUUAUAUGUAUCCGAUCAGCGAUAACUUGUAAGUUUGUAACUAUUUGUGAUGAUAUGCUGAUUGUUAGUAGUAUCUUUUAAAUUCGAAUCA